GUCUUCAGAGGACCACAUCAGCCAUGCCUAUCACCUGCUGAUGACGCGGCUCAGCGAGGAGCACGCCGAGAUGCGCUUCUCGGCUCUCCAGAUCGUGCAGGAGCUGUUCACCCGCUCCCAUCAGUUCCGCACGCUGGUCAUUUCCAACUUCCAGGAGUUCCUGGAGCUGACGGUGGGGAUAGACCAUGAGCAGCCUCUUCCCCCGCCCAAAGAGGUGGCACAGAAGCUGAGGAAAGAAGCUAUUAAGUCGGUGCAGGACUGGCAUGAGAAGUACGGAGAGGCCUACAAGAAGCUUUCUCUGGGAUACCACUUCUUGAAGCAGAAUAAGAAGGUGGAUUUUCAAGAUGUGCAUGCCAGAACUGUGGCUGAGAGGAGGAGGGAAGAAGAGAAGCAAAAAAGGUUGGAUAACAUUUACAAAGAAAAAGCCAAAAGAGCUGAAAAAGAAAUGGAAGAAAUGUCCCAAGAGAUUGCUGACACCCUGACAGAGAUGGAAAACUGUUUCAACCUUCUGAUGCCAGAUCCUUUCGACUUCACUGUGAACGCCCCAGAACUGGAACCCCAUGGACAAAUGCCUGCCUAUGAGGAUAGACCUACACCUCCCUUCUCCUCCCAGAUGGAAGUUAACCAGUCCUAUUUUGGAUGCGUGGAUGAUGAACAGCCAUGCUGCAGCAAGGACAUUCUUCCUGCUUCUCAGUGUGUUAGAACUGAAAAAGAAUUAGAGGAGAAGGCUGAGCACACAGAACUAGGUGGAGGCGCAGACUCUGGUGUCCAGUCUGGUGGCCCCACUCCCCGUGAUGAUGAUUUCCAGACUUUUGUUAGGAACCAUGGGCUUAUUUCACAUAAUUAUACUCUAGAGCUUGAAAUAUCCACAGAUAUAAAAGUGCAUGAGAAUGAAGAUAAUACUGCCAUAAUAAGCAAUGCCAUUGAUGCUCACAAACUUCUCAGAUAUAAGUUCUGGCCUUCUGUGCAAUCCUGGAUUCAGUUAUUUACCAGAGCGGGAAUAAAUGAUGAUCGGCUAAGGUGUGCCAUUGAUCUCAAGAAUAAAUUGGAGACUGCUAUGAAGAAAUACAAGGAAAUGAAUAUUUCCUUUAAAGAGAGAAGAAGAAAAGUG